CGCAAGUUCGUCGCCGACGGUGUCUUCUAUGCCGAGCUGAACGAGUUCUUCCAGCGCGAGCUGGCUGAGGAGGGCUACUCGGGUGUCGAAGUCCGUGUCACUCCCACCGUCACCGACAUCAGUACGUCGCUCGAAUCCACACCCUUUGCUUUGUUGCGUGCCAGGUUUUCUUUCGAUAUGGGGACAAGCGAAAACGGAUGAAAGAACGGAGGGGGGAAAAAGAAAAACAGCUUUCAGGCGAAAGGGACCGAUCGGGAAUUGGCACGAAUGGACGACAAGGAUCAAUUUCGAAUGCUAACGGAUGUUCUUUUUUCUUUAUAGUCAUCCGUGCCACCCACACCCAGGAGGUUCUGGGAGAGCAGGGCCGCCGCAUCCGCGAGUUGACCUCCCUCAUCCAGAAGCGCUUCAAGUUCCCCGAGAACUCCGUCUCCCUCUAUGCCGCUAAGGUCCAGAACCGCGGUCUCUCCGCCGUCGCUCAGUGCGAGUCCCUUCGCUACAAGCUCCUGAACGGUCUGGCCGUCCGUCGUGCUUGCUACGGUGUUCUCCGUUUCAUCAUGGAGAGCGGUGCCAAGGGUUGCGAGGUUGUCGUUUCCGGAAAGCUCCGUGCUGCCCGUGCCAAGUCCAUGAAGUUCACUGACGGAUUCAUGAUCCACUCCGGUCAGCCCGCUAAGGAAUUCAUCGACUCCGCCACCCGUCACGUUCUCCUCCGCCAGGGUGUCCUUGGUAUCAAGGUCAAGAUCAUGCGUGGCUCUGACCCCGAGGGCAAGGCCGGCCCCCAGAAGACUCUCCCCGACUCCGUCACCAUCAUCGAGCCCAAGGAGGAGCAGCCCAUCCUCCAGCCCAUGAGCCAGGACUACGGUGCCAAGGCUCUUGCCGCCCAGCAGCUCGCUGAGCAGCAGCGCCUGGCCGAGCAGCAGGCCACGGAGGGACAGGAAGGUGCCGGCGCCGAGACUUUUGCGCAGGAGUAAUCUGGUUUCUUUUCUUAGGCCCUGCUCUUUUUUCUUCGUUCCUGUCGUCCUACCUUGUUUCUUUACCUGACGCAAAUAAACAACUCCAUGAUCUUCCAAUGUUUUCCUUCUCGCCGCAUCUCCAACACCUGCGGAAGGCGUCUCCCUCAUUACGACUCUGUUCCUGAAAAAAGAGAAAGUUUCCUAGUGAAAGAUCUAGGUAGGAAAAAAGAUUGAUGUCCGAAACGAAAAUUACGGGGCUUCAAGAAACAAAACAAAAAAGAAUUUACGGUUUAUUUACAUUUUUUUUCUUUUCCAUGGGCGUAUGGUGGACUCCAGCUCUCUGGAAUCAACAUAAAAGCAAAAUAUCAC